AUGGAUUCAGACGCCAUUUUGAUAAUUCCCGCCUUCCAAAGCAUCAUGGAAGUAAAUGCUGCUAAGCACCAUGGGAAAUUCAAUAUGGCGGAAGACACGUUAAGACAGUCUUGCCAAAGUGGUAAAGAUUCCUACCUUUUUGAUUUGGCCGGAGACAAUGUUAAAUGGAAAACAAUAUCUCUCACUCACGUGGAAUAUCCAGAAGGAGAUAUUACGGGGAAGAUCUUGGCAUGGUGUAGUCUGCUUCCUAUAUUUAUCGUGGUUGGUUUUAUUACUUUAAUAAUUUUCCGACGUGAAGUUCACACGAUGACAUUCUUUGGAGGAAUUUUAAUGAAUGAACUUGUUAACAUGGUGGUGAAACACUCUUUGGCAUAUCCUAGACUAUGUGGGGGUCAUGUGUUUGCACAUUCUGGAAGUGCAAUGCCAUCAGAUCAUGCUCAGUUUAUGGCUUUCUUUGCUGUGUAUUCUGUCCUGUUUAUAUAUGUAAGGCUUCUGCAUUUUUCUCAAGCAACCACAGUAUGGGAUGAUUUAAUAGACAACUUAUGGCGGCAUGUACUAGCAGUUGGUGUUGUAUUGGCUGCUGUUGCUGUUGGAUUUAGUAGAAUAUACCUCAGAUAUCACACCCCACAGCAAGUGGGUUAUGGCUUUCUGCUGGGAUGUGGACUUGGCAUUGCUUGGUUUCUUUUCACACAGACAGUUCUCACACCAAUCUUUCCAACUGUAACAACUUGGCCUAUCAGUGAAUACUUAAUGAUCCGUGAUUCAACGCUAAUCCCAUCAGUCAUGUGGUUUGAAUAUACACAGUCAAGAACAGAAAUGAAAAAACGACAAAGAAGAGGCUCACACAACAAUUAUUUUAAGUCUCAUACUUCUUGAAAAGAAAGAUGAGGUCUGUGCAAGGUUGUGCUCAGCAAAACAUAAAUUGA